AUGCCACCCAAGAAAUAACAUCUUAAAACUUAAUCAUCAGAGUUAUCAAAUUAAGUUCUUAUGAAUUAUCAAUCAAAUCGUGAGGCUUUGAAUAUAAGAAUGUCUAAUUCACCAAUAUUCCAAAUAGAAUGCAAAGUAUUAAUUUGUCUUUACUUAAGAGUAAAUAAAUUGGUCUUCACUAAUCUACUAUAUUUAAAUCCAAUGCUUCACAGCCCAAUCUCAAAAUUACUUUAUAAUAGUACUUAUGGCUAUAGAUGUAGAUAAACCUAGCGGAAAAUAUAAUAAUAAGAUAUACUAAAAUCAAAAGGAUUCAUGUCUCCUAAGAUCACUAGUUAAGAAAGAGUUAAUCACAAAACAUAACCUAAAUCUAGAGGUAAUCAUAUGAAAACUUAACCUCAAACUUAUUCGAAUUAGAAUUCUUAAACUAAAAUGAAAUCUGUAGAAAGCAUAUAAGAUGACUGUAAACUUUAAAUUCUUAAUCCUAGCUCCAAAAUAAUUAUUUAAAAAUUAAUAAUACUCACCCUCACCAAAACCAGAAUAAUCCUUUAAAUAAUAAACUUCUGAAACAAAAUAAAAAUAAUCAUCUGAUCUCUUAGCUAGAUUAAAUUUCUAAACAUCUUUCAUUGUUUCUAGUGUCAAGAAUUAAACUAACUUGUUUUCUGGACCAUAGAUUUAUUAACUAUAAAAUCAUUAAAAAUCAAAUAGUGCUUAAUUUAUUGAAACAUAAAAAUUAUAUACACAAAGUUCUUCAUAACCUCGAAUUGAAAUUUAGACAGAAAAAAUUAAAACUAUUACAACUAGGUACACAUUUAAAAUGGAUUUAGAAAAUUUUAAUAGGAUUUUAUUUAAAUCAUCUUACAAUUUAAAUCUUUAAAAUAGAAAAUGACUAUUGAUAUCUCGACUAAUAAAAUAUAAUACUUAGUAGAAUUAAUCAAAGAAGAACUUAAUAAAAAAUUCGUUGAUAAUGAUUCUCUCUAAAUAAUUGGAAUUAAAACAUACAAUAUUUCUAUACCUAUUGAUUAUAUACUUUCUUCAAUUGAUAGACCCUUAUCUUUACUUUCCAAUUGUCCUAAUCAACCUUUAAUCAUAGAACCUAUUUUAUAAACAGAAUAAGAAAAUAGAUUAUCAAGAGUUUGUUUAAGAGAUUUCGAAUUCAUUAGAUGUAUUGGAAUGGGUGGAUUUUCUAAAGUAUAUAUGGUAAGGGAAAAAAGAUCAGGAUAAUUUUAUGCCAUGAAAUUAAUUGAAAAAAUCUCCAUUAUUUCAUAAAAUAAACAAAAUAUUAUUUAAAAUGAAAGAGACUUAAUGAGUAAUUUGAAUCAUCCUUUUAUUGUUAAAAUUUAAUAUGCUUUUGAAUCCAGAAGAUAUUUAGUUUUUGUCUUGGAAUAUUGUUCAGGAGGAGAAUUAUUCUUCUUACUAAGAAAAGUAAUCAAUUUCUAUUAAUCUUAUUUUAGGUUAAAAGAAUGAAUGAAGAAUAAGCAUUUUUUUAUUUUGCAGAAAUCUGUUUAGGUAUGAAACACUUACAUGAUAAAAGUAUAAUUUAUAGAGAUAUUAAACCUGAAAAUAUUUUAAUCGAUUUUGAUGGACAUGUAAGAAUUGCAGAUUUUGGACUAUCAAAAUAAUUAGAUUAAGAAAUAGCCUAUUCAUUUUGUGGAUCUCCAGAGUAUAUGGCUCCUGAAAUGUUAUUAAAAUAAGGACACAAUUUACAAUUAGAUUUAUAUUGUUUAGGGGCAUUACUUUAUGAAUUAAUAACUGGAUUACCACCUUUCUAUUCCAGGAAUACAGAUGAAAUUUACUAAAGGAUUUUAAAUUAGAAAUUAAGCUAUCCACCAUAAGUGUAGAUGUCUUCUCUUCUAAAAGAUUUAUUGAAUGGAUUAUUAGCUAAAAAUCCUAAAAACAGAAUAGAUAGAAUUGAAACUCUAUUGAGACAUCCAUGGAUGAAUUAAUGGGGUGACAAAUACUUGUACAAAGAAUUACUGUCUAAAAAGAUAGAUCCUCCUUUUAAACCAAAUUAUUACUCAUUUAAUUUUGAUGAAGAAGAAUUUGGUUAAGGAGAUGCUGAAUUUUUACAGUAAAUUAAAACUCUCUAAUAAAACAUAAUGGAGAAUUUUCCAAAAGAAACAAUAUUAAAAAACUUUUAUUACAAUCCUAAGGAAAUUAAUUGUGCAGAAAGCACAAGAGGUACUAAUUUAAGUACUAAAUUAUUGGAGGAGUAAUAAGUAACUUAGAGAUAAAAAUCAAAAAGAUUCAAUACAUAUGAAGAUGAUAUUUCAAAUUAUGUAAAUGAAUAAAAAAUUUUGCUAUUAAAUUAAUUAAGAUUAUAAACUGAGAAUGAAAUAAAAAGGAAAUCUGCAUGA